AUGCGCAAACCUAUUGAAUUAAUUGUCCUCGCGAACAAAACUUCUCAUCCCAACGUUUUACACAAAAUGCCUCUUGGCUUGAUGCGAGUUGCUACAGUUUCGUUCCCCAUUCCUCAAGAUACAGUUCUUUUAGUCACAACACGAUACAUGCCACCAACGUCACCGAUGGGAGUAAUAUCUGAGUCUGCUGCCGCCCAACUUUUAGACUUUUCUCAGCGCCUCGAUAUUGGACUUCUAGAUCGUGUCGUAAACUGUAUGUACCAUGAAGCAGGCGAUCAACAAAAAAUCGCAGAGAAAGUCCUGAAUACACUCAAGGAACAUCCGGAUGCAUGGAUGCGCGUGGAUUCGAUUCUAGAAUUCAGUUCAAACCAAGAAACGAAAUAUUUCGCCCUUCAGAUACUUGAAGCAUUAAUCAAAACACGUUGGAAAGUCCUAGCCCGACCACAAUGUGAAGGUAUCAAAAAGUACAUCGUUGGUUUGAUAAUCCAAACAUCGUCCAGUUCGGAGCUCUUGGAGUCUGAAAAGACGUAUCUUGGCAAGUUAAAUAUGAUUCUGGUUGAGAUAUUAAAGCAUGAAUGGCCUAAUAAUUGGUCAACAUUCAUUAGUGACAUUGUUGGGGCAAGUAAGACAAAUGAAUCUUUAUGUCAGAACAAUAUGGUCAUCUUGCGUCUCUUGAGCGAAGAAGUUUUUGACUUCUCUUUGGGUCAGAUGACUCAAACAAAAGCCAAACAUUUAAAAGACUCUAUGUGCCAACAGUUCAGUUUAAUUUUUCAGCUUUGUCAAUAUGUCCUGGAAAAUUCCCAAAAUGCAUCUCUAGUUGUGUCGACGCUAGAGACGUUACUUCGUUUUAUGCAUUGGAUUCCCUUAGGAUAUAUAUUUGAAACUAAUCUAAUACAAACCUUAGUAUUUAAAUUCUUCAAUGUCCCUCUGUUCCGAAAUAUUACUUUAAAAUGCCUUGCAGAAAUAGCGGGUGUAUUAGUUGACGAAUAUGAUACCCAGCUAGUAGAACUGUUUGUUUCUACUACCGAAAAACUAAAAGAAAUGUUGCCUUUAGAAACACGACUAAAAGAGGCGUACGAGCGCGGAAGUAAUGAUGAACAGAAUUUUAUCCAAAACCUGGCAAUUUUUUACACAACAUUCCUCAAAGGUCAUAGCAGUCUCGUCGAGAAACCUGAGCUUAUUUGGAAAUUACAAGAUGCUUAUGCUUACCUUUUGAUGCUCUCGGAAGUCGAAGAAAGGGAAAUAUUCAAGAUUUGUUUAGAAUACUGGAAUAUUUUAGUUUCUGAUUUAUAUCGAGAAAGUCUUACAACUACGGUAGUUGGAACAUUGGCUGAAUCCACCACUGGUGAAGGUCGAAGUAAACAAUAUGCACCAAUUUUGUCUAAGCUUCGAAGAAUCAUGAUCUCACGCAUGGCUCGUCCUGAAGAAGUACUUGUAGUUGAAAAUGAACAUGGUGAGGUUGUCAGAGAGUUUAUGAAGGAUACAGACAGUCUUAAUUUGUACAAGAGCAUGCGCGAAACAUUGGUAUACCUAACUCAUUUAGAUUAUUCUGAUACAAAGAAGAUUAUGAUCGAGAAGUUGCAACAUCAAGUAGAUGGACGAGAGUGGUCAUGGCACAACCUUAACACACUUUGUUGGGCGAUCGGUAGCAUCUCUGGUGCUAUGCAGGAAGACGACGAAAGAAGUUUUUUAGUUAUUGUAAUUCGAGACCUUCUUGGACUGUGUGAACAAAAACGGGGCAAAGAUAAUAAAGCUAUUGUUGCGAGCAACAUCAUGUACGUUGUUGGUCAAUACCCUCGAUUUCUGCGCGCACACUGGCGAUUCUUAAAAACUGUAAUUACAAAGCUUUUUGAAUUCAUGCACGAGACACAUGAAGGUGUGCAAGAUAUGGCUUGUGAUACUUUCAUAAAAAUUGCUCAGAAAUGUCGGCGACAAUUAGUAACUGUACAGUACGGAGAAGCAGUUGAAUUUAUUGAAGAGAUUUUAAAGGAAAUUGAUAUCAUAAUCAAUGAUUUACAACCUCAACAGGUUCACACAUUUUAUGAAGCCGUAGGAGUGAUUAUCAGUGCCCAACUUGACUCAGCUGUUGAAGCUAGACAGAUAGAACGACUUUUUCGAUUACCCAAUCAAAUUUGGGAUGGGAUUCUCGUUCAAGCUGCAUGCAAUAUUGACCUGUUAAGAGACUUUGAAGUUGUACAACAGCUUUGUAAUUUACUGAAAACAAAUCACAGUGCUUGCAAAUCCCUCGGACAUUCUUAUCUUGUUCAGCUUGGUCGCAUUUACCUGGACAUGUUAAAUGUUUAUAAGAUAAUGUCCCAAAAUAUUGGCCAGGCUGUGGCUACCAAUGGAGAGCAAGUGACAAAACAACCACUUAUUCGCAGUAUGCGAUCAGUCAAGAAAGCGAUAUUGAAUCUUUUAUCUUGUUGGAUAAAAAGGACUACUGACCCUGUUUUUGUGGCAGAGAACAUUUUACCUCCGCUAUUAGAUGCCGUAGCUGACGACUACCAAAAAAAUCUUCCUGCUGCUCGAGAGGCCGAAGUUUUAAGCUUAAUGGCUACCCUUGUUAAUCGUCUUGAAGACCAUAUUCUCCCAGCUCUGCCUCGUGUUUUAGAUGCGGUCUUUCAGUCUACUCUAGAGAUGAUCGAUAAAGACUUGGAAGAAUUUCCUGAACAUCGAACUAAUUUUUUCACUCUUCUACAGGCUGUAAAUGCGCAUUGUUUCUCCGCUUUGUUAAGCUUAACAUCUGAUAAGUUCAAACUGAUUUUAGAUAGCGUUAUUUGGGCAAUCAAACAUACUAUGCGACAAGUCUCAGAAACGGGACUCAAUAUCCUGCAUACAAUGCUUGUAAAUAUGUCUAGCGCGAACUCCGAAAAACGCCAGGUAUUCUUUAAAACAUUCUUUAUGGAUAUUCUUCAACAUAUGUUUGCUGUCAUUACUGACCGCUCCCAAACAGGAAAUUUAACUCUUCAGUCAUCGCUGUUGGCUUAUAUGUUUAAAAUAGUGGAGAACGACAUAAUCACAGUCCCUCUUAGUGAUGCUCCUGAGUCAACGACCGUACAAGGUUCAAAAGUAAAUGUACAAUAUGUACAUCAAAGCUUGAGUCAGUUACUAAAGCAAGUAUUCCCUCACCUUCAAGAAACACAGAUUCGCGUUUUCAUUGAUGGACUAUUUUCAUUUGAUCAAGAUGUAGCAGCAUUUCGUGAACACGUACGCGACUUCCUUGUUCAGAUACGCGAGGUCGCUGGAGAAGAUUUAUCUGAUUUAUAUUUGGAAGAAAGAGAAGCUGAGAUUGCUCAGGCACAAGCAGCAAAACUAAGACGUCAAGCUUGUAUUCCUGGAAUUUUAGGUCCCCAUGAAGUUGAUAUGUGUGACUAG